AGAUCAGAUAAAACCCCUCUUCUUUAUGAUUUAUAUAUAUCGUCACUCCCUACAACUCCAAUAGGGUUCUGAUUCAUCUACGGCGAAGCCAACCAUCUCUCUCCUUCUCUCUCUCUCUCACUAAUCAGCUUUGCGUGCUCCCGAGGUUCUUCUUCAGUCCGCUCGCUCCAGCCGAAUCAGGAUCAGGCGAUCACUAUGGCUUCUGCGCAGAAGGAUUCGCCUGCUGAUGCAAAGACUGUUCCCAAAGAGGAGAAGUCUUCCAAGUCUGAGACAUCUUCUGGGGAGUCACCACAAGCAGCACCAGGAGGGUUCCCGUUUCCAGCAGGAGCAGGAGGGAUGCCUUUUCCCUUCCCAGAAGCCGGAGGUGCUGGUCCCAAUCCUUUUGAUUUCUCCGCCAUGACUGGCUUGCUGAAUGAUCCAAGUAUCAAGGAACUAGCUGAACAGAUAGCAAAAGACCCUUCAUUCAACCAGAUGGCAGAGCAACUUCAGAAAACUUUUCAAGGUGCUCCAGCAGCUGAUGAAGGUGUCCCUCAAUUUGAUAGUCAACAAUACUAUUCCACCAUGCAACAGGUUAUGCAGAAUCCUCAGUUUAUGACCAUGGCUGAGCGUCUCGGUAAUGCAUUGAUGCAGGAUCCAUCCAUGAAUACAAUGCUCGAGAGUUUCACAAAUCCAUCAAACAAAGAUCAGCUUGAGGAGCGUAUGGCACGCAUCAAAGAAGAUCCUUCGUUGAAGCCUAUCUUAGAAGAGAUAGAGACAGGGGGUCCUGCUGCCAUGAUGAGAUACUGGAAUGAUAAGGAUGUUUUACAGAAGUUGGGUGAAGCAAUGGGCCUUGCAGUUGGGCCCGAUGGUACUCCCUCUGAAGUUUCAGGGGAUAAGCCCUGGUCGCCAGAAGAGGCUGAAGAUGCUGGAGCUGAGGAUGAACCCAUUGUUCAUCACACUGCUAGUGUUGGUGAUGUGGAGGGUUUGAAAAAUGCGCUUGCUGCUGGUGCUGACAAAGACGAGGAAGAUUCAGAAGGAAGGACAGCGUUGCAUUUUGCUUGCGGCUAUGGUGAGGCAAAGUGUGCUCAGGUGCUUCUAGAGGCUGGAGCAAAAGUGGAUGCUUUGGAUAAGAAUAAAAACACUGCACUUCAUUAUGCAGCUGGUUAUGGCAGGAAGGAAUGUGUGGCCCUUCUAUUGGAAAAUGGCGCAGCUGUCACGCUCGCAAACAUGGAUGGGAAGACCCCGAUUGACGUUGCCAAGCUCAACAACCAAAACGAUGUACUUAAGUUGCUUGAGAAGGAUGCCUUCCUCUAGAUAGUCAUGUCAGGGUAUGUGACAAGUCUGGCGUGUCUUGUGUUUCGCUUUGGGAAGCUUGGAUCUGCCUGAGGAUGUAGUCACCACCACCACCGCAACUCAUUCCUUGCUUUGUCUAUGUUAUCUUUACUCUUUGUGAUUCCUACAUUCGUUAGAAUUUGAUAGUAACAUAAAUCUUCUGAUGGGAGACAUGGAAUAUGUGGUGUGCUAUAUUACAAGCAGCUCACUAUUAGUUUGUGCUUUUAUUCGACUCAUUGGUAAAUGCGAAAGGAAAAUGUAUGCUGGAUUUUUGUUCCA